AAUUUUUUAAAUGAAUAAAUUUUUACCAAUUUUAUUCUCACUUGUUCUAAUUUUCUGGGAAUCCCAUGCUACUGGAAUAGGGAGCAUCAAUUCGACAAACAAAAAAAACAAGAUAAAUUGCAUAGACGUAUUAUCGAAAGGUUGCAAUUUCAAUACAAGCCCUGAAUUAACAAAAAUUCAGAAAUAUGGAAAAUUAAUCGAAACUCUAGAUAUAAAUAAUGUAGGGGAAAAUAAUAAUAAACCAAAUAAACUUUUUGAAAAUGACGCUAAAAUUGCUCUAGAAGGACUCACAAAUUAUUUCCGCUCCUGCAAGGAUAAUGGGGAAAAAACUGAGAAGAAACAAAAAGAAGAUUUGAAAAAAUAUAUGAAAAAAAAUAGGCUUACAUUAUUAGCGUUGGCGACCUCUUCUAAAUUUAAAAAAAUGGAAAUAAAAAUGCGAAUAGCAAAUUUAUUUAGACUUACUGGUUUUUUACCAAUUACUAUCUAUUACAAAAAAAAUGAAAUGGGAAAGAAGAUCGUCACCAGCGUAUAUUAUGCAUCUCAAAUUAGCCACCAAUUGUCUGGAAUUGAUAUGUAUUUUAAACUGGGCGGAAAUGAAACUCGAAGCGAAAAUAUAAAAAGGAUUGCAGAAGAUUAUGGUCAAAUAAUUAUUAAUAUGGUAAACAGUCCCAAAUACGAGAAUAGCUCAUACGAGAAGAUACCCUAUGUGAAUGCUUCUGGAACACUUAAAAUAACUAAUCUUAAACUACUCAUUAAAAAUCUUGCCAAAGACGCUGAUAUAAUAAUGCCCAAAAACACGGACAUAAUGAUCGAAAAGUUAUUUAUUGAACAAUUCAACGAAUUCACUGAGAUAUACUCUAAUUCCAUUGAAGAUCUUAUAGACCUUCAUGAUUUUUUUCUUCUAAUGAUUGUCAAAGAAUUGAAUUUGCUACCAAUAAAAUUAUUCAAAGGAGAUUCUCAACCAAAUUCUAAUGAUAUUCAAAAGAAAUGUCUAGAAUAUUUAAUAUCAUUCAAUGAUAGAAUCUUGUAUCCUUUAAUCCUUUUAAGGAUAAACAAUAGAACGAUAAAUGAGAUCUACACAUUUGCUAAAGAUAUGACAAAUUCAAAUCAAUUGUUAAAAAAUGUGCCUUUUAUUUUUACCUCAGCUGAGUUGGUGCAUUAUUUUGAUUCCUUACGACAAUUUUCAGAAGUAAUCUAUAAACUAGAACCAAAUCAUAAUAAGAAUAUUGUUACAUUAUCUAAAUGGAAUAAAUAUGAAGAAAAAUCGGAUGCCAUGCCUAACAUGAAGAUUGAUUUUCUUUUGAAUCAUAUCGAUUCAGUUGAUACCAAUGAGAAAAAGUAA